AUGACUGUCAUGGAGUUAAAGAAAGAAAUUCCUAUGGGGAGAAGGAAAUACGCAUGUGUAGAAUGUAGGCAACAAAAAUCGAAAUGCGAUGCCAAUGAUAAAGCACCAAAUCCUUGCUCUAAAUGUGCUAGAAAGGGUGUCCCCUGUAUAUUGAAGAAAGAUUUUAGAAGAACUUAUAAACGGGCACGAAAUGAGGCCAUAGAGAAGCGAUUUAAAGAGCUGGCUGCUGGUCUAAGCUCUUUAAGUUCCGAGGAAAUAGUAAGAAGAAUUGAACACGAGAGGGAAUUAUUGUCGAGAGGAAACAUUGGUGAUGAGCCAAAUAUAAGAGAUACAGAUCUCCCGUACCAAAAAACGUCACUAGAUGAAAAGCUAUCAACUGUUCAGUCCCAAGUAAAGCAGGAAACGCUGCCGCCCAGCCAGGAGCUAACAGAAGAACAACUUCGAUGCACAUCCAAGACGUUGGUUGAUGUAACAGUAUCAACCGAAGAGAUUAAUGAGUUAUUUCAAGAAUUCAGCAUUAAUUAUCAACAAUUUUUACCUAUUGUAGAUCUUUCUAAAGGUGCUGAGAAAAUAUAUGCAUUGUCACCAUGUUUAUUUUGGGUGAUUUUAUUGACAUCCAUGAGGAGAAAGCCUAAAUAUUCUGAGUUAAUGGCAAGAUUAUCAGUUCUUGUUAAAUCUGUGCUAGCAGAAAUAACUAUUUCUCCAAUAAUACGAUACACACCUACAGAUCAGGACGAACCAAUAUUAAAUGUGGCCUCUGUAUACUCUGUCCAAGCAUUUCUGUUAUAUACGUUAUGGCCUCCACUAACGUCCUCUUUGAGUGCUGAUACAUCUUGGAAUACAAUCGGGACGGCAAUGUUCCAGGCACUAAGAGUUGGACUAAACUGUGUAGAGUUUUCAGAUCAAUAUGUCACCGCAAACAAUGAACUGGUAACAGAACAAAAUAGAACUUGGAUAUGCUGCAACAUCGUCUCUCAAAUUGCAGCAUCAUCCUUUGGAUUUCCUGCGUAUGUAUCAUUCGAUCAUACUGUUCUUCAUCCCUCCGUCGACCUAACGAUACCCAAUGCAUUAAAACACAUGGUACAGAUUGUUCACUUUGAGAACCAAAUGAAUAGUACUCUCAAUUCGAACGCCGCCGAUCUUUCUGGGGUAGUUUCAGCACAGGAAAAAGUGCCUUUGCUUUUAGUACUUAACCAACAACUACGUCAAUUGGAAAGAGUACUACACGAAAACACAUUUGAUGACAUGAGGAAGUUUCAAGUAUUGGUUGCUCGGGUACAUUUAUUGUCAUAUUAUUUUACUGAUGAUAUCUCCAACCAUAAACCAAAUGAUGAAGAUAUUAGGAGAAUGAGUCUUAAUGAUAUUGAGUCGAAUUUUCAGACCAAACAUGGCCUUGUUCGAGUUUAUAAUGCGGCGAUUGAGUUGCUAGAUCAUGUCAAUUUAAUGACUCAAAGAAAUUCUGAUGUCGUUAAAUACUUCCCAGGUAUUUUUGUACUGAAUAUUUGGCAAGCUGCAUGCAUCAUAAGUAAACUGGUUCAUUCUUCCCUUUCCUCUGUUUUGGAUAUCGAGAAAGGUAAGCGCGCUUAUGAUGAUGCUAUUUUAGCUACUUUAACUGCAUCAGUGGUAAAGCAUGAUAUGUCGUAUAGGUUUUCUGGAAUUAUGAAAAGUAUGUGGAAUAUGUUUGCAAAUAUAUAUUCUGAUUGGAAAAAGGAUAAAGUAUCAGAAGAGGAAAGGCUAUGCAAUGAUUUCAACUUGGAAAUUACUGUGAAGUCAAGACUUUCAGUGAGUGUCUUUUUUGACUGUUUAUUUAUCAUCAAAGAGAGAUGUGGUUUGGAUAAAUUGAGAAGAGAGUUGCGCCAAAAGGAGGGAGGAGCUGAUAUUAUUUCAAAUGAAAAAAACACUGAAGAUGUUGAACGUAGAUUAUCAGAUGAUACAAACCCAGAAGAGAAAGCUAGAGAGAUUAUAAACACUAUCCCAUUAGAUCCACAUCCAAUCAAUGCAAGUGAAGGAAGCAAUGUUAAUACUCCAAGUACCCAAAAUACCAUGCUAUCCUUGAACCGGAUAUUGAACAAAGGGUCACCGCGUAAUAAUUUGGAGGCACCAAUACUUAAUGAGACAUCAUUAUUUUCUGAAAGGAUUAUACCAAGUUCAAUACAACCCUCCCAAAGACAAUCUAACGAAAGAAACGACGGACACCCUAAUAUCCUGUUGGACUCGAUCCAACCAAACGCGGAAUACAAUUCCAUGCCAGUACUAAGCAGUAAUGCGUUGCAUACACAACAACAGAUUACCACGGGUGCAGGCCCUCAGAGCGAAGGUCCUGGCUUGAACGGGACGGUAAUGGACUACUUGGAAACCUUAGAGUCCGAGAAUAUUUGGAAGGACGUCGAUAUGUUAAUGAAUGAAUUUGCAUUUAAUCCAACUAUAUAA